AUGGCCUGUCGACUCUAUCUUCACCCGCUGGUCAUAUCGACCGCCCAGCAAUUCUUCUUCAUUUACAUCGCAGGCUUCACAUCGCGCACGUCAAUCCUGCGACCAAUUGGCUUCAUCAUAUUCCUCAUCUCUACCUUCGUUGCCCUUGCUCAUUUUGAGGACUUUAUUGAGCCGCCAGGAUGGGUGUCUAGAGCAAUCAUCUCGGCAUUUCCUCAGAUCUCGUUAACUUACUUUGAGCGUAUGAUAGUGCGCAAAAUUGCCUAUGCAGAAGAUCGUGAGAAGAAAGGUCAAAAACCUCAGUCGAGGUUGGCACAGUUUCGCUCGCGGUAUGUCUUUGGACAAGAGGUUGCGUCUUCAAUGAGAGGCCUGGGUACGCCUUGGGAGAUCAGAAAUAUUCACCAUUUCGACUCUCGAGACCCAACCUACGUGCCUGCGGCGACACCAUUUGUCUGCAUAAACCUACUCAGAGUUCUGCUCAGCUACUUUGUCCACAAGCUGUGCAUUACAACGCAAUUGAGUCUGGAUCAGCAGUACAUGCAACCCCAAUAUGUGCCCAUCUUCCGCCGUCUCGGUGAUGUGACUUUGGCAGAGCUGCAAGUUCGGUACAUCGCGACAGUCACUACGGUUGUGUCAAUUUUCUGCUUUAUCCAGGGCGGCUACUCUCUAGCCUCUGCUGGUUCAGUUAUCAUGAACCCCAAAGCCGUGAAAGAUUGGCGCCCGAUUUUUGGUGAAUUGACAGAGUCUUAUUAUCUGCGGCGUUUCUGGUCCAGCUGGCUGGAGCCUUUACUAAGGAGAAUCCUUCCCUUUGGACUUGGAAACUUCGUAGAAUACAACAGCCGCGACUGGAACUACGAGCAGAUCUGUGAUCUCCAAGAACGCAUUGGCGACACCUUCAUUAUUGCCAGCCCCAAGCAGAUCCGCGUCUUCACUGGAAACGCAAAGGCCUCAGAUGACCUAUGUCGAAGACGCAGAGACUUUGUCAAGGCUGUUGCUCUGUACAAGCCGCUUGAGAUCUUUGGCCGCAAUGUCGUGACUACUGAAGGAGACGAUUGGGUGCGUCACAGAAGAAUCACAACACCUCCAUUCAACGAGAGAAACAGCGCUCUCGUAUGGGAUGAAUCCAAGAGACAGGCUACAGAUAUGCUCAAGAUGUGGGCGUCCAACCCAGAAGGAGUGGUCAAUCCUCAGAGCGACACCAUGGUGCUGGCCCUUCAUGUCCUCACAGCUGCUGGUUUUGGCCGAAGCUACACCUUCGGCAGUGGUCUUGAGAGCACAUUGGAUAACCACAGUCUCACCUAUCGCGAUUCCCUCAGCCUCAUCCUCGGCAACCUGUUCACUGCUGUCUUCACAGCGACGCUCAAUCUACCCACAUGGAUGCUUCCAUCCAGGUUCAAGCAGGUUCAAGAUGCCGUCCUCAACUUCCGCCAGUACAUGGCUGAGAUGGUCGCUGAAGAACGCGAGGCCAUGGAUGCUGGUGCUGAAGAGCAGGACAAUCUCAUGAGUAUUUUGGUGCGAGCAUCAGAGAACCAGAACAAUCAAGGCAAAGGCACCCGCCAUCUGUCAGACUCUGAGAUUUACGGCAAUUUGUUCAGCUUCAAUCUUGCUGGCCAUGAGACUACUUCCAAUACUCUCGCCUAUGCAACAAUCCUUCUCGCAGCGAACCCCAAGUGGCAGAAAUGGGCCGCAGAGGAAGUCGACCAAGUCACAGCUGGAGUUGAUCUCAAGGACUUGGACUAUGAGACAUAUUAUCCUCAAUUGAAGCGAGUGCUGGCUAUCAUGCACGAAACACUGCGAUUGUUUGGCGCAGCAAGAGCAGUUCCCAAAACAACCGUCGUAGACCAAGCCCUCAACAUCAAUGGCACCACUUACACGAUACCCAAAAACACCUUCAUCGGCGUUAACCUAGCAGGCCUUCACACGUCCUCCGCCUCGUGGGGCGACAACUCUCUGGAAUGGCUACCCAGCCGCUGGAUCUCCAGUGACGAGACGGGCGAGAAACUAGCCGCUAUGCCCACAGGCGCUUUCCUCCCCUGGGCCGCGGGUCCGCGUGUGUGCCCAGGCAAGAAGUUUUCACAGGUGGAAUUCGUGGCGGUGCUGGCCUGUCUUCUGAAGGAGUACACUGUGGAGCCGGAUGCUGAUGGUGAGCUCAAGGCAGCGGCGUCAAGGGCCCUGAUGGAAGAGGCGAAACAGUCUAGCUUCAACUUCCUGCUCAAGGUGAAGCACCCUGAGAAGAUCAGGCUCCGGUGCGUGCGUCGUGAGGGGACGGCUUAA